AUGAAAGUCCUCAUCGCAACACAGCCCUUCGCAGGCCACAUCAACCCAACAACCCCCCUCGCCCACGCCCUCACCCGCCGCGGCCACACCGUCACUUGGCUCACGUCCCCCUCCCACGCGCACCUCAUCACCCCCAUCCCGAACGUCCACUUCCUCCCCUCGCCCGCCUCCCUCGCAGCGCACGACUCCGUCCCCCUAAAACCAGACGAAGGCACCUCGGGCCUCGCCUCGGUAGUCUCGACCCUGCGCAGACUCUUCCUAGACAGAAUCCCAGACCAAGUAGCCGCCUACCAGGAGGUCGUAUCCGAGUUCGCGGCGGAUGUGUUGGUGGUCGACCUCACGGCCUACGGCGCCAACUGCUUCCGCGACCUCACGGGAAUCCCCUACGCCACGCUGGGGAUCAACCCCCUCGUCACGUUCGACCCGGAGUGUCCGCCGUGGGGGACGGGCUGGAGACCCCCCACGACCUUCCUCGGGCGCUGGGUCAACGCGCUCGCGCACGCCGUCGCGGGCUGGCUUUUGUAUCCCAAGCUGACCGCGGUGCUCAACGGGCACCGUGCGGAGCUGGGGCUCCCGCCGCUGCCGGGGUCCGGGUUCUACGAUACCACGCGCUCGGAUCUGUUACAUAUCAUGCCGACGACCCCGGCGUUCGAGUUCCCGCGGGCGUUCUACCCGUCCGUGAAGUUCGUCGGGCCGCUGCUCCCGCUCUUCGAAGACGAAGCGGUUCCGGCGUGGUGGGACGAGAUGCUGGCGCAUCCGAGGGAGAAGGUGGUCCACGUCACGCAGGGCACCUACGCGACCGACGCGGCGAACCUGAUCGGCCCCACCCUCUCGGCGCUCCGGGACCGGGACGACCUCCUCGUCAUCGUCACAACCCCCGACGCGGAGAAGGUGCUGCCCGCGGGGUCCCUCCCCUCCAACGCGCGCGUGGCCUCGUUCGUCCCGCACGCGAAGCUGCUGCCGCACGUGGGCGCGAUGGUGACGAACGCGGGCUACGGCGGGGUCCUCGCGGCGCUGAGCUGCGGGGUGCCGAUGGUGUGCGCGGGGCGGAGCGAGGACAAGGCGGACGUGAGCUCGCGGGUGGCGUGGAGCGGGGCCGGGAUCGACCUGGGUACGGACGCGCCGGGGGAGAGGGCGCUCAGGGAUGCGGUGGGCAGGGUGCUGGGGGAGGAUAAAUACCGCAGGGCGGCGGAGAGGGUGCGUGAUGAUUUUGCGAGGCACGACGGGCCGAAUGAGGCGGUCGACGCGCUUGAGGAGAUUGUUGCGCGUUGUCGGAGAUGA